AGCACACUCGUUAUUCACUCGCUCUACUUUCCCCUGAAGCUCUUGCUCUUGCCCUCAACCGAUUUUGCUGACGCCCGUGAACGUUUAGCAACCCUUUUCGUCAAACCUCUCUCCGCAUCCGCCGCAGGCGACCAGUUUUACCACCUCCAGCAGGGCCCCCAACAGUCGGCAGACGACUUCGCCCAUGAACUUGAGCGUUUGGCCUCCCGGGCCUAUGCAUCCGCAUCACCCGAUGAGCACGACGAAAUUAUACUCGACCGUUUCAUCGUUGGUUUGAACGACCGCACUCUCAAACACUAUCUGGCUCUCAGUCGUCCGAAGGAUCUCCGUUCUGCUUUCGUUCAAUGCGAU